AUGGUGCGGACUAAAGCGGACAGCGCGGGAACGUCCUCAGGCAGCUACCGGAAAGCUGUUGCUGCUCGAGCACCUCGCAAGUCUUUCGGCGCAAGCUCUUCUUCCUCCAACCAUUCCACAUCGCCAACUGGGAAAAAAUCUGAAGGGAAGUAUGCUGGAGGCAAUCCUGUAUGUGUCCGACCUACUCCAAAAUGGCAAAAAGGUAUAGGGGAUUUCUUUGGAUCUCCAUCUACUAGCAGUGUUGAAAAAGAGAACCGUAUGCCUUCUGACGAUGAGGAAGCAGGAGGAAGUGGCAUUGGUAAAGCACCAAGGAAGUAA